AUGACUAGUGAAAUUCCAAUCUUACAAAAAGCCAGAACGUAUAGAGCGUCCGAACAGUCCGAGUACCAUAAGUUCUUCAAAGUAACCGACGCAGAAAAUUGGAAUUUUCCUAAAUUCGUUACAUUCUUGAUCAACACUAAGGAUAGUGCCGCAAGACCUAGAAUUGCAGAGAAAGCUUGGUCAACAGAAAUUUCAAAGUUAGCACGCAAUAACUCUAUUCCUUCAUCUAUCCGGAAGUUUACAUCGGAGUUAUUAUCGUACCAAUUCGCGAACAGUAAUUGCACAACCAUCCAAAGUGCAAUCAAAAGCCUCGAAGAGUAUUCCACUUCCAUGCUCAUAAUUGAGCCUAGAAUGACACUUGCAAAACAAGUUGCUAAAGAGUCCGAAGCACUUUGUUCUAUCACCAUAACUGGAAAGCGCGAUCGUGUAUUUUCUUCCUAUAUGUCUGAAGAACUGUAUCCUAAGAAUCAGAAAGUUGAUCAAUAUGAUCCCAUAAAUAAUUUUUUACCUGAUGUAUUUACGUCAAGUUGUCUUUCCGAUGGAUCAAAUGAUGGAACUUUUGGAUCGCCUAAAAGGGCUACAUCAAAACGAGAUCAAGAGAAUGAUGAGGAGCAAAAACAAAAAAAGAAAGUUUGCCUUCAUAAGGAAAAGUCAAAGAAAACAUCAAGAAAAAGGGGUAAUAUAUUACCUGACGGUACCAAAAUUGAGAAGGCGGCUCCACUGAAUCUCUCACCUUCAGACGAGAGUGAAGGCGAAGUAAACGAGGACAAAGAUGACGAAGAUGAGGAAAAUGAUGUUGUUCCUAGUCCGGAUGGAAUUUUUGAUUUUCCCUCUAGCAACUUGCAGAAAUGGAGUCUUCCUUCAGGCGAAUCUGUUGAAGGUAUCUUUGCAACAAACAUAUCCGAAAGUUCAAAAUCAUACAAACAGAAGAAAAGGCCAACUUUUGUAGAAAAGGCAAUCCUGCGAUAUGGUGCGUCAAGGAUUAUAGAUUUGUCCGCGCAAAUGAGAAGUUGGUUCUCUCCUACUGACAGGCAGUUCAUGGUCAAAGAUUAUGAAGCGUUUCUCAAAAUUCCAGAGCUUCCUGAUGAAGUUAAUACGUUUAUUUUAGAUGUUGAAAAGAUGGUGCACCAAGGCAGGCCAGAUGCCGCCUUCAAACUAUGCACUGAAAAGUAUAAUAGUUCGCUGAUUAACAGCUGCAUCAACAAGAUCAGUAAGAUUUACGGUGAAUUAACCAUAGAUGGGGACGACAUGCUGGAAUGUGAUUCCAUAGGACAUACCGAAAUUGACAUUAUCGUCAAAGCGUUCUCCUACAUCGUGGACGGGUUAAACAAAACUCUCGGGAUACGACAGAAAUGGGGCGAAUCAUUCUGCCCCUUAAGUAAGUCUACAAAUUUUACCAAGGGUAGAAAAUGUGAUGUUCGUUUCUUGUCUUCAUCGGGAAUGGAUUUGGGGGAGUGGGAGUUUGCGGUGCGUGCCACUUCUGAUAAGACGAUCUCUGAUCGAUGCCGUUCUUGCCGUAUCAAUCAAUCAAUUCUGAAUGGUUUAUUGAGGCUUGAUUGGAAAGACGAACGGGUCAAUUCAAUAAAGGUUCCUUUCAUCCAGUUUGCUGGGGUUAACGGCCAGAUGUUAAUAGAAGAUCAAGUGAACGGGUUCUAUGUCGUCUUUCCGGGACAAAAGUUUCAAUUGCCCACCAAGCUUGCUCAAAUCGAGAAGCUGAAAUCAUCCGUAAAGAUUACCAAAUAUGUCAUGGACAUGUACAAAGAAACUAGCGAUUUGAUAAAUAACCUGGAGGUCGGGUAUCAUGAAUUUGACGGUAUUUUCGGGAUCGAUGAGCCUGACACAAGUAUUUCUGUAAAUUACAAAUCCUGUAUUUGCGAUCCAUGGUGGACUCCAAAAAAACAAAAGCAGUAA